AGGCGCUCGGCGUACCCUAGGACUCAGGAUGUGGCGUCUGUGCCGCGCCCUAGGCGUGCACGCUGCAAGAACCUGCAAACUCCUAAGACCCUUGAACAGGCCCGCUGCCUUCAUGUCCACUCUGCUGAUCCAUCAGCCCCAGUAUGCCUGGCUCAAAGAAUUGGGGCUCCGCAAGGAAAACGAGGGCGUGUAUAAUGGAAGCUGGGGCGGCCGGGGAGAGGUUAUAACGACCUAUUGUCCAGCCAACAACGAGCCAAUCGCACGAGUCCGACAGGCCAGUGUCGCUGAUUAUGAAGAAACUGUGAAGAAGGCCAGAGAAGCCUGGAACGUCUGGGCGGAUAUUCCUGCUCCAAAGCGAGGAGAAAUAGUGAGACAGAUUGGUGAUGCCCUGCGGGAAAAGAUUAAAGUCCUGGGACGCUUGGUGUCCCUGGAGAUGGGGAAGAUCCUGGUGGAAGGCGUAGGAGAGGUUCAGGAGUAUGUGGACAUCUGUGACUAUGCCGUGGGCUUAUCACGCAUGAUCGGGGGACCCGUGCUACCCUCGGAAAGGCCCGGCCAUGCGCUCAUCGAGCAGUGGAAUCCCGUAGGCCUGGUUGGAAUCAUCACUGCAUUCAAUUUCCCUGUGGCAGUGUACGGCUGGAACAACGCCAUUGCCAUGAUCUGUGGGAAUGUCUGCCUUUGGAAGGGAGCCCCAACAACCUCCCUCAUUAGUGUGGCUGUCACAAAGAUAAUCGCGAAGGUUCUGGAAGACAACAAACUGCCUGGUGCCAUUUGCUCCCUCACAUGCGGUGGUGCGGAUAUCGGCACAGCAAUGGCCAGAGAUGAGCGGGUGAACCUACUGUCCUUUACUGGGAGCACACAGGUGGGGAAGCAGGUGGCCCUGAUGGUACAGGAACGAUUUGGGAGAAGUUUGUUGGAACUUGGAGGGAACAAUGCCAUUAUUGCUUUUGAAGAUGCAGACCUCAGCUUGGUUGUCCCUUCAGCCCUCUUUGCUGCCGUGGGGACAGCUGGCCAGAGGUGUACCACGGCAAGGCGACUGUUUUUGCAUGAAAACAUCCAUGAUGAAGUCGUAAACAGACUUACCAAGGCCUAUGCGCAGAUCCGAGUCGGGAAUCCAUGGGACCCUGACAUUCUGUAUGGGCCCCUCCACACCAAACAAGCAGUGAGCAUGUUUCUUGCAGCGGUGGAAGAAGCAAAGAAAGAAGGAGGCACCGUGGUCUAUGGAGGCAAGGUUAUGGAUCGUCCUGGCAACUAUGUAGAGCCCACGAUCAUCACAGGCCUGGCCCAUGAUGCAGCUAUUGCUCACACAGAAACUUUUGCUCCAAUUCUGUACGUUUUUAAAUUCAAGGAUGAAGAAGAGGUCUUUGCCUGGAAUAAUGAAGUCAAACAGGGUCUUUCCAGUAGCAUCUUUACCAAGGAUUUAGGCAGGAUCUUCCAUUGGCUUGGACCUCGAGGUUCAGACUGUGGCAUCGUAAACGUGAAUAUCCCGACGAGUGGGGCCGAGAUCGGAGGCGCAUUUGGAGGAGAAAAGCACACCGGCGGUGGCAGGGAAUCCGGCAGUGACGCCUGGAAACAGUACAUGAGAAGAUCCACUUGCACCAUCAACUACAGCAAGGACCUUCCUCUGGCCCAAGGAAUCAAGUUUCAGUGAAGGCGUUAGAGGCCGACCUCACUGUCCUCGCAGGAAUUCCCAUAGCUGAGUCUGAAGAAGAUGAACACUCCAGCUGAACGUGCCUUGCAACCUGACAGUGACUAAUCCCCCUGUGACCUCAAAGCCCUGACUCAUUUUUUUUAAGUCAGAAUAAAUUUUUCACAACUUA